AUGUCAGCUCCAAUUCUUCCAUUCACAGAAGCGAAUUCCAAAAGAAUCGCAUCUAUGUUCCGCAGAGCCCUCAGAACAGCAUUUGAUCAUUCCAUGAAAUUUUCAGUUUAUAGACAAACAACUAUUCAAAUUAGACAACAAUUUGAAACAAAUAAAGAUAUUAGAGAUCCUCAAGAAUUAGAAAGAGUGAUUGAAGCAGCUGAAGCGAAAUUAGCCCAUUGGAAACAUCCUGAUCCUUAUAUUCCUCCUUCUAGACCAGGUGGUACUAAAUGGCAAAGAAAUGUUCCUGUUGCUAGAGGUCCACUUGUGCCUGGUAAUUGGUAG